AUGAUUUCUCCCAUUACAAGACGUUUACUGCGCGAUUGGAAAAGGCUAUGGCACCAAGGAAGCGACCGGUAUUUUGUGCGGCCUCAGGACGCAAACGUACGUCUGUGGAACUUUGUACUUAACUGUGAGACAGCAGAGGUCUAUGGAGUGUUUUUCUGCGGCGGAUCAGAUACAGAGCCCGUUUUGGUGAUGAGAUGCUUUACGCCUAAUGCAUGUUUUCCAGCAAACCAAAACGUAAGUCUGACGCAUUUGGCACCUUUGCUGUUGACACAAGGUCUUGUCGGGUUUAUGGAACAGCUCUGUCGCAUGGUGGACCACACACCGGGCGCAAAUGACGUUCGUUUCACACGUACGUGGAACAGAACGAUGAUCAAAGACUUCAAAACGCAUUUCCCGCAACUGAGCACUAAUUUUGAACCUAACUCCCAGGAUUUGAGUGCAGUGCAGUUGUGGGCCGAUUCCAAAGCCAAACGGGCCGAGAUGCAUACUCAAACGUUUGGACCUCACCACGGCUACCUGUCGCCCCUCAGCAACACUAUCGCAUGCGACAAUAGCAGCAUUCAAGUCAAGGACACCAAAAGGCGAAAAACGGCUCAAACGAGUCCCACAGUAGCUACCCACUCUGAAUCCGAAAGCGACAGCGAUUCAGAUCUGCAUAGAAAGAGAAAAGCAGCCAAUCCAAGACUUUUCCCGCACGAACCUCAGGAAUGA